CUUCUUGACACAGGGUAAGUGGAGAGUCCAGAGAUGCUGAGAAGCUGAGACCACCGGCGGCGGCGGCGGCGCUGAGUGGAGCCUGGGAUGCUCCCAGACAGACCUCGAGGGGUGGUUCAGCGUCUCUCCACCCAGUCUUCCCACAAAAGGCCUACCAUUUGGGGGAUGGGGAAGGCUUUGCUGUCCACGGAAAAGCCACCCCAGAGCGAUCAGGUACCCUGUCCUCGUCUCCCCCUUCUCAAAGCAUGGCGGCGGCGUCACCCUUGCCCAGGGACAAGCUCCCCAGCCCGUCGGCUGCUCUUUCAGAGUUUGUGGAAGAGCUCCGCAGGAAGAGGGCCCAGAGAGGCCAGGGUUCCUCUCUGCACCUGGGGGAAGGACCCACGCUCCCCAUUUUCCAGACCACUGGGGCUUCCUCACUUCGGAGGGGCAGAGCCAGCAGCGACGAGGGAGACCUCUCACUGAGGACUGGAGCAAAGUCUCCUCUGGGAGCAGAGGGGAACCCCAGGGCCACAGCCGGUCUCUCACGGUCCACCAGUCUCAAGUGUAUCGCCUCAGAGGGCACCGAGAACGUCGCCCUGAUGCCUGACAAGCAGAAGACACGGUUUGGUUCCUGUGAGUCCCUCCUAGAGUCAGGACCCAGCACAAGGAGAAAGCUGAGCUCCCCCAUGGCACUGAGGGACCCACUCUUAUCACCGACGCUGUGGCCCAGGAGGCGGUGUCUGGAGUCCCCUGUGGAUGAUGCGGUCUGCCUGGACCUUGGGAAAGAACCUCUCGUUUUCCAGAACCGCCAGUUCUCUCAUUUGAUGGAAGAAACUCUGGACAGUGACCCAUUCAGCUGGAAGCUUCCGAGCCUCAAUUACAGACGCCAGACCAAAGUGGACUUUGAUGACUUCCUUCCGGCCAUCAGGAAGCCCAGCGCUCCUUUGUCCGAGGCUGCCAAAGAUGGGAUGGAGGCUUCAAAGCAUCCAAACGUCCACUUUGAGAUGGAAGAGGCCGACCGCUCUUUUCUCUCGGGGAUCAAAACCAUUUUGAAAAAGAACCCAGAGUCGAAGGAGGACCCCGCUCACCUCUCCGACUCCUCCUCAUCCUCCAGCUCCAUCGUAUCCUUCAAAAGUACAGGCAGUAUCAAGAGUGGUCCAAGAGUCCCCAGACUCCAAGGUGACGGGGGCGAGCGGAUGUCCCCUGAGCACAGAGAGCCUGAUGCUGGGAGGAAAGGGGACGACGUUGAGAGCAUAAUGAGGAAGUACCUCCAGCAGUAGAGACCUGCGCAGCCUCCCCAGACACCACUGCCGCCAAAGACACCCACUCCAAAGUCCUGGAGAGAAAGAGAGAGACCCCCAGACCCCUGGGGCCCACCACCCAGAGCCAGACACCCUGGCCACCCUCAAGACGUGGGAUGGGCCCAGAGAGGCACACCCCAGCGGGUCACCAUGCUGCACAUGUGCUUGGUCUGGAUUCAAUAAAGUUGAUUUCCCUGGA